GGAAUGAGGUGAUUGCAGUGGAUUGGAAGGGACUGAAGGAUGUGGACCAAAUCAACAUGGACAGCACCAGCUCACUGCACGGAAGCAGCCUCCACCGGCCAUCCACGGAGCAAACCCGAACUGAUUUCUCCUGGGAUGGCAUCAAUCUCUCCAUGGAGGACACCACUUCCAUUCUUCCGAAGCUUAAGCGAAACUCUAACGCCUAUGGCAUUGGGGCCCUGGCCAAGUCAUCAUUCUCAGGGAUUUCAAGAAGCAUGAAGGACCAUGUGACGAAGCCCACAGCCAUGGGGCAAGGCCGGGUGGCCCACAUGAUUGAGUGGCAGGGCUGGGGGAAGGCACCAGUCAUUCAGCCACAACACAGCCACGAGGCAGUGCGCAGGGAUGCCGAUGCCUACUCCGACCUCAGCGAUGGCGAGAAGGAGGCACGUUUCCUUGCAGGCGUCAUGGAACAGUUUGCCAUUUCUGAGGCCACACUCAUGGCCUGGUCUUCCAUGGAUGGUGAGGACAUGAGUGUCAACUCUGCCCAGGAGCCAUUGGGCUGCAACUACAGUGACAACUACCAGGAGCUGAUGGAGAGUCAAGAUGCCCUCACUCAAGCCCCCAUGGAUGGAUGGCCUCACUCCUAUGUGUCCCAGGGCAUGUACUGUCUGGGAUCAUCGGAUGCCUGGGAAGCAAGCGACCAGUCCCUCAUUGCCUCUCCAGCCACAGGAUCUUAUCUUGGCCCUGCAUUUGAUGACUCACAGCCAAGCUUACAUGAAAUGGGGCCUUCCCAACCUGCUUCCGGAUACUCUGCUCAGGAGCCUCCACCUUUGCUGGGGGGAGAAACUGACUGGGCUCCAGGUAUGGGUGGGGUGGACCUGGCAAGGGGCCCUGCAGAGGAGGAGAAGAGGCCCUUGGCCCCCGAGGAGGAAGAAGAUGCGGGAUGUAGGGACCUGGAAUCACUUUCCCCACGAGAAGACCCCGAGAUGGCCACUGCUCUCAGCCGAAAGGUAUCUGACGUCACAUCCUCAGGUGUGCAGUCCUUUGAUGAGGAGGAGGGUGAGGCCAACAACUAGCUUCUUCCCACUCUACACACUAUCUUCCACUCCCACCUGAGGGGCCUGGCUGCAACAAUACCCUCCCUUCCCCCAGCAGUACAGCUGAAACCCGGGCAGAAGACCAGGAGGAACCCAGGAGCUGCCAGUUCUCGCCAGGAAAAUGGAGGGCCGGGAUAGGAUUCCAUCCAGGCUUGUGCUGUAGAAACCACAGGUCUGGGGACUGAGGCCCAGGCAACUAGAUGGCUGUGAACUGGGUUUGGCUGCGGGCUUCUGGGUCUGUGAUGAUGAAGCUCCAGUUUGUAUCCUGGAGACAGGAGCCAUCAACUAGAUCUCUGUUUUUCACUCCCUGACUUCGUCAUUCAGAAGCCUUGAGAGUGGCUGUCUGAAUGCCUCCUUUCUCAUGUCACUUUUGCUUUUUCCGACUCUGUGUUUUCUCUGGCUGUGGUCCCAGCUUGACCCUACUAUGAAGAACAGACCUGCUGGACGUGACUCAAUGAGUGUAGGGGAAGCCACGUCUCCUUAGAGAAUGGAGAAGCUGCCUUCAGUGGGUAGCUUGGCUUCUGAGACCAGGAGUCACAGAGGAAGCGGACAUGGCAGCUGGGGUGCACAGGGCACAAACAGGAUUCUUUAUAUAAGGCCCACCCAGAGACCAGAGAGUCAUUGAUGGGACCAACAACAAACAUGGCCACCUAUUCUGGGAUCUUGAAUAUCCCGUGACUGAAAGGUGGGUCCUAAGGGUCUAGGAAAGGACCCAGUGAGCUGGCUGCUCCAGCUCUUGCUUCCUUUGUCUGCCUUCUUCCAUCCCCUGCUCCAGGAGCCCUGCCCAGAGGGGGUGACAGAAUGCAGGUGUCCUGCCAGGUGGGGAAGCAUGAGGGCUGUGCCUCCCUCCCUCCACCCCCAAAUUCUCUGGAGCUGUUUACACUUUUCUCUUUGCCUUUUCUACAUUUUUAUAACUUCUUGGGGACUCAGGUUGAGUGGGGUGGAGGGAGGAGUCUGGUGCUGUCAGGCCCCCGCCCAGUGUGUUGUCGGCUGAGAAUCAGUGUGGGCACUCGGCUCCUUUUUUUCCUUCUUCAGUUCCUCCCAGGCAGCCUCCCUUCCCAGGCCUCCUGCGGAGAGUGGAAUCAGAGUCUUCUUCCUUUUAGGACGGGUUUAUAGUGAGGCAGAAGCCCCUGAACCGGCUAGUCCUUCCACACCCAGUUCCCAUUCUGGUGGGGACUUCUGUCCACAGCACACAAAGCCCCACACUUCUGUAUGCGAUCCUGAUAGCAGGGCCAGGCUGGAGCUAAGGCAUGGCAGCUGAGGAGCACACCAUGGGACCCCAUUCCCUAGCCCCUGGCAGAGGGAAAAGUUAAGAUGGCCAUUGCCUACCUUUUGUCUCCUCUUCUAAGACUCCAGCUCCGAGGCCUUUGUCCUACUUUGUCAGAGGUCCUAUUCUGUCCUCUACUAGGAAGGGGGCUCGGUCACUCUCACAGACCCUGGGCACAAACGAGCCCACCCCCCAUCCCCAGAUGUCUAUUUCUUUGGAAUGAGGAGGUUAAGAGUUUGUGUCCAUCUAUGACCCCACCCCUCAUCAAGUUCACACUUUCAUAGGCAUAAUGGUCCUGCAAUGCAACCAAGGCUGGGGUCCCAUGUCUUCAGGGGAGGGGAGGUCAAUUCUUGGAGGAAACAUAAGUAGGCCUGGUGAACACAGAUGGGUGAAGAGUUAUUUACCUCAUCUAAAGCUGUGGCUUGUGUCUGAUCAUGUGACCUAACUCCGGAGGCACCAGGACCUCCUGUCCGGGAGCUUUGGGCAGUAAUAUUGUGGCCUCACCCUGCACUCCUGUCACAGGUCUUGGGGUUUGCAUGCUUGAGGUUCCCUCCUUUCAGGGGGCCCUUGAUACCUCACCUUGUGCAACCUGCUCUCUGGAUGAAUCAUCUUUUUCUCUUAGUUUCAUCCUCUUCUUGCCCCCUGUUCUGUCCCCAGACUGCAGUGGGCAUCCACUCCAGUGAGUGGGUGCAUUCAUUACAGUUCCUUUUUGCUCAGGGCCCUGGGAGUUAGGGAAGGUAGAGGAAAGCAUCCCUCUUUCCUCCCUCCCUACCUUAGGAAGCCUUCUUUUGGUCCCUGCUGAAAGAUGACUGAAUGGUCGAGGAAUCUAGCUUAUUUGACUCCAGCAGGGCUCCACAUCCCCGGUGCUGGCAGCUGGCACAUGCGCAGGCAGACCAGGGGUCAGCCGGGAGUCUGCAUUUGCAAGAAGCUUCCCUACCACUUUGAAGGAGAAGACCCAGGGAGCUGGCCUUGGACCCUCUUAGGACUCUUCUGGAAGGAGGAACUGCCUCUUUGGUGCUGGGGGCAGGGUGCAUGGGGUUUGCUUAUAGCCUAUUUGGGGGGAGGGGAGGGGCAUGUGCUGGAAGAGGCUAUUGGGGGUGAGGGAGGGUUGCUUUUCCUCCGGGGUUCAAGGCUGUGCAGCACGAUUUCCAACAGUCCUGGAACAGGGCUGUUUUUAUAUUAUUGUGAAUGAAACUGCUCUUGCUAAAUGAUUUUCUUUUGGUGGGGGUGCACUUUUAUUUUCAGUUUCUGGGAAACCCAAAUCUUCCAUUCCUCCCCUUCUACCUCCCCCCUCCUCCCCUUCCUUCUUAUCCUUGUGUUAAGGAGGGGAUCUUGGUGAAUGUGUUUAUGACCUUUUCCCUGCCCACCUAUACAGCCCAUGCUCGUCUUCCAGGUCUGGGGAGUAUCCAUUUUUGUGGUCAGUCUUAGCAUGUUUUCUUAAUGUGACACCCCUCCCCCCCAGGCCUAAGAGAGAUUCUAUGACAUAUAUUACAGAGAGAAUUAUAUAUAAAUAUAUAUGAAUAUUAUAGAUUAUAUACACAUGGGCAUUGGGCUCCAGUGCCCACUGCCAGCCCCCUCCCCAGGCUACACUACAGCCUCUCUCUUGGCCUGGGGAGGGGGAAGGGAUGUAACGCUGGAGAGGGCUCCAGGCUGUGUUCAAUGGCACUAAACAGAAUGUGGUGGCAUCCUCUG